AUGGCGCAAGAAGCCGGAAUGAUUCCAGGCCUCCGCGAACCUGCGAAAAGGAAAGGCCUGCGAGCUCGGGAGCUGGACUUCCACUCCUCUUCACGCACGGUGCAGCUUCCGCAGUACAAGCCAAUGUUUGAUGUGCAUUUGCAGCACCUGUGGGUCAACCCUCGGAUCAGGCAGACCAUGCAAAGCGCGGGCUUCCUCGAUGACGACGGCAAGCCAGUCGAUGUUGAUGCUCACAGACGGAAGUUGUUCGUUAUCGAGCAGGAAUUGGCGCAGGCAGACAUGGUGGAGCGAUACCGCGCCAGAGACAAGGAGAGAAAGCGCGAAGAGAUGAUCAUUUUGGCAAAGCGUCAAGAAGUUCAUCAGCAGCGCAUUGAUGCUGUUCAGGCUGUUCGUGAGGGUCGCCGACGGCGUCGAGAAGUCACUGCGGACGGCAUGGCUAGAAGCACAAGCAGCCUGCCGGCCAUUGGCAACGAUAGCCCUGUCUCCUGA